UUUCCCACUAUUCCCGAAUUAAAGGAAACAUGGAAUUAAAAAUUUCUUCUUUAUUCACAAUUCCUUUCGUUUGUGCAAUUUUCACUUAUUUUUUAUUUAGAAAAGUUAAAAAAAAUGGUGUUUCGAGAAAAUCAGUUUUCGAUACGUGCUAUUCAAGUUUCAAAAGUUUCUUCUUUAAUGACAAGAAGAAAAGUGUUUACACUUAUUUAGGUGAAGAGAAAUUUGAGAAAUUGAAAAUUAUCGAAAAUAUGGAAAUUGAAGAAUUGCAAAAGAAAUUUCAGGAAGAUAUUUCAGUUUGUUCUUUAUUUUAUGGGACGGAUCAAAAAGGAAAUUCAUUGUUCCUGAAAUUAAAUCAUAAAGGAAAUGACAAGGAACUUAUAUUGUUUUUGUAUCUUUCUGAUGGACGAGUAUACGAACUUCCAGAUCAUCCAAGUACAAUAGCUUUUAAUUCUACUAAUCAAAGUUGGUCCAUUGGCGGUGUAAAGAUUUCUGUUUGUGAACCUCUUGUUCGCUGGCGAAUAACAUUUAACGGACUCUUAAGGAAUGGAACUAGAAAAUAUAUUGCUGACGAUAUGGGCAAAAUAGAACAUGUUCGUUUUAAUUUCAUAUUUAUUGCCAAUUCAGUGCCUCUAAGAAAAUCCGAUUUUUCAAACAAUGAUGUAGAAAAAUAUUCAGAGGAACUUGAGAAAUUUGAUCAAUGGGGUUCACUUGUUGGACAAAUUCUUUUUGAGGAUUCGAGUACGAAAGAAUGUUUUCUGCGAGGUUUCCGCCAACGAAAAUGCGAACGUCUGAUAAUCUCCAAGUUUGACAAAAUAUUGUCAUAUUUCGGAUCAAUCGAUGGACUUACAUUUUAUCUGAAUAUUGGAAAAUUGAAAGACAGUUCGGAAAUAGUGAAAUUUGGACAUUUAAAAACGAUAAAUAAUACAAUAUUGGAGAUAGAUUGGAUGGAUUUAAAUAUCGACUGUGAUGUAAAUUUGGAGAAAAAUGGUUUCGAAAAUAUUCAUUUCAACGCUGGUAACGAUUAUGAAUUUUCUGUAAAGUUACAAAAAAAUUCGAAACGUUCUUUACAUCAUGGACAUAAUGUUGAUGAAAAAUAUGUGACGUACAAAAUUAAAUUAGAACGUAACAAUAAAGAAGGAUCAGGUUUAGUGUUUCUUUGUUAUCCAGAAAAAGCUUUUGCCUCAUCGACAGCAAAUAUUUUGGAAACCUCGUUUCCUUUGCAUUCUCCUCAAGUUUUGGAUGUAGAAACUUUCACUGUAUCAUUUCGAGACGAGAUUUGUCAGAAUGAAGAACUCGUGGGAGGAAAAGCAAAAUCACUUGCUCUAUUAUCAUCCAUUGAAACUUACGAUUUUUAUGUUCCACAAGGAUUUUGUAUUCUUGCUUCUGCACUUCAGUAUCAAUUGGAUUCUUGUAAGAAUUUAUCAUUGGCUAUUAAUGAUAUCGAACGGAUAAAUAUCAAUGAAAUUGAAGAUUUGAAAAAUUCCUGCGAGAAAGUCGUUUUGCUCUUGAAGACUUCAGCUAUAGUUGAACCAGUACGAAAAGCAAUAUUAAAGGCAUUGUCAGACUUGGAAAAUGCUGAAAAAAAUAAUCAAAUGAAUUUACGAUAUGCCGUGAGAUCGAGUGCAAUUGGAGAAGAUAGUGAGGAUACAUCAGCUGCUGGUCAAAAUUCAACUUUUCUUGGUAUUCAGGAUUCAGAUAAUGUUCUAAAAUAUGUUUCCCAAUGUUGGGCGAGUCUUUAUUCUCAUCAGAGUGUGGAGUACAGGCGUCGAUCAGGUUUACCUGUGAAAGCUUCGAUGGGUGUUUGCAUUCAAAUAAUGGUCGAUGCCGAAAUUGCAGGAGUUAUGUUUACAAGACAUCCAACGACUGGCGAUCCAAGAAAUAUUGUCAUUACCUCAAAUUACGGACUUGGCGAGACAGUAGUUUCUGCAAUGGUCGAACCAGACACAGUGAUAAUUGAAAGAAACUGGAACGAUGCGUUAACAAUCGAAAGUAUUGAAAUUGGAAAGAAAUAUCAAAAGAUAACAAUGACUAAUGAUUCGGGAACAAUUUUAAAAGAGCUCAGCGACGAGGAAACAAGAAAAAAUUCCAUUUCAAAUAGAAUUGCUCUUAAUUUAGCCAAAGUUGGUGUCAAUUUGGAAAAUCUCUUUCAAAAUGCACGUGACAUUGAAUGGGCAAUUAUUGGCGAUAAUAUAUUUUUACUUCAAUCACGUCCAAUCACAAGUCUCGAUAAUUGGACCGAUUUUGAAUUGACUUACGAAUUAGAUUCCAUUGUACCUGUUGAAAAUGAUAUACUUACAUUUGCAAAUGUUGGAGAAGUUUUCCCCGGCGUCACAUCACCAUUGACAAUCAGCACAUUUAUUUAUUUGCUCAAUUGUUCGCUUAAUAAUAAUUUCAAGAUGCCAUCCAUUGUUCCUUAUUGUGAUAUACAUAUACACGCUUCUUCCAUGAGAAUUACUAUUAAUUACUUGAACACAAUGUUAGCGUGCGUUACAAAGGAAUUGAGACCAAGUGUUAAAGUAUCGGACGUUGCUGUUUGUGGUCAUGUGAUAACAACGCCAGAAAUUUAUAAUCAAGCGAAGGAGAGGAAUGGCGUUUCAUUAUGGGGAACUACGAUACAAACAAUAUUUAUGAUUACGGACGCUUGGAAAGCAGAGGCAACUUUAAAGGAAAUGGAAAAUAUUUUCACUUCUAUGACACUUGAUGCAAAUCGUUUUGAUAAAAUUGAAGAUCUUUAUCGAGCAAUCGACGAGUCGUUGAUUUAUUUACAAUUGAUUGGAGGCUGUCACAAUCUCACGUCAAGAGUUAGUGUUUUCUAUGAAAUUCUACUAAUGUCAAUUUUAAUGGAGAAUAGUGAUGAUUUGACAGUCGAUCAUUUUUCGGAUAUUGCUGUUCUACUGAGUUCGUGUAACAAUGUAAUAAGUGCACAGGUUCCAAUUGCUCUGCGUAGAAUAGCAAAUUUAAUCAGGGACACCGGUAAAUGGGAAGAAUUCGCUCAAAUUAAUACCAAGGAUGUUAUUAAUUGGCUGGAAAUGAAUUCACCGCAUUCUUUGGAAUUAUUACAAGAAUUUUUGAAAACUUACGGACAUAGAAAUAUUAAGGAAAUGGAUUUUAUCACUGAAACAUGGGAUAUGAAACCUGAGAAAUUAUUUAACGCUCUUCAGGCAAUGGUAAAAGUUACGUUAGAAAAUACCGAGAUUGUCGAUCUUACACCAGAGGAGACGAUUCUUAAAUUAAAAACGCCGAAGAAAAAUGCGACCCGAUGGAUUUUAGGGAAAAUUGUUCCGUUUGGAAGAAAAGCUGUUGCACGCCGAGAAAUGACAAAGUCAAUUAUGACAAAUGCACUGCAUAAAUUUAGAUUAAGUUACAGAAAACUCGCUAAAUUAUUAAUUGAAAAAAAUCGAUUGCCAGAUGAAAAUUUGAUAUUUUUCUUGACUCAUUACGAAAUUGGAUUGUUGGUCAAGAGGGCGGAUCAUUUUCUUGUUCGAAAAGCCUUUAGAAGACAACGAUUGUAUUCAAAACUUGAAAAAGAUCAAUUUGCAGAAUUAAACGUUGGAGUUCCUAAUCCACUCGAGCUGGCAAAUAUAAAUUUUAAACAUCGGAAUGUAAAAAAAGUCAUGGGUUCGUCGGUUUAUAAUGGAACUGUUUAUGCGAGAGCUUGUGUUAUAACAAACGUAUCGCAAGCGGAUGAAAUUAAAUCGGGAGAUAUUUUAAUAACACGAGCAACUGACAUUGGAUGGAGUCCUUAUUUUCCAUUAUUGGGAGGAAUUGUGACGGAACUCGGUGGUUUAAUCAGUCAUGGCGCCGUUGUUGCCAGAGAAUAUGGAAUUCCCUGUAUUGUUGGUGCAGAAGGUGCAACAUUAAUAUUCAAAACUGGCCAAAUGGUUUUGCUGAAUGCAACUAUUGGAACUGUGGAAAUUGCCGAGGAUAAUAGUUAAAAUUUAUUAAAAUAAUUCUUUAGUUAUUUAUAUAAUAAUACGAACAAAUACUCAACUAAAUAAAAUAAGGUACUUACUAAAAGUUAAUUUAAAUCAUUUAAUUUCUGAUUUGAAAUUUUGGAAAUUCUUAUUUUAAAUUUUGAAAGUAAAUUUGUGUCGAAUUCAGUCAUAAACUGUUAAAGUAUCUUGAAUUAAAAGCAAGAAUUAUUUUUCCUUUAUUUCUUAUUCUAUAGAAACAUACGUGUAUCUUAUAAAAAUUAAAUGAACUUUAGUGAGAUAAAAGUUUAUAUUUUACAGGUGCAAAAUAUCUUCCUAUCUUUAAUAAUUAAUGCGUAUUUAGAGACUUGUCAGGUGAAAAAGAAAAUAAAUUUCUCAUUUUACACUA